AUAAAAAUAAUUAUUUUUUAUGCUAAUGGCGUUUUAUGUAGCCCCCUAAUUAUUUUCGCACCGAGGCAUACCAGACAUAAUUGGCACACGUCUUUUGAACAGCUACCUAGGUAUCUACACAACAGCCGUCUGCCGUCGCCGUCAUCACUGAGGUGGCUUAUACAAGGGAACUACCUAGUAGCAUUAUUUUUGUCUUCUGAGUUUCAAAUUUUAGCCAUCAAUGUGCAACGCCAUGGUGUCAGCGAAGAUAAUAAUCUUGAUUUCGAUCGUCUCGAUCGCGGCUAUCACCGUGGAGUCUGUCAAUAUUGACUCCGCCGAUAAAGAUUGGAAUAAUAUCCACGUUGACAAAUUGUCAGAAACAAAAUCUCGGCGGAAUUUGCAGACAAAGAUCGUUCCUAAAUACAAUGGCCUCGACGUGUGGAGUAGGUCGGAGUUACGGCCUAGACUUAACCCACUGAAAAUAUUAUCGAGGCCUACCAAAACCGAGCCCAUUGCCAGCCAGCACGAUGCAGGUCGGAGAAAUCGACGACAAAUCGACGGCAAAACUAAAGGCGAAGAUGGCGGAUCCAGCUCAGUCGCGUCCCUCGCCAGCUCUAGUUCGCCGUCAAAUGUAAACGGUGAGGACGUAUUAUACCCCGUGAGUGUACAAAAUUGGAUACUCCAACAUCUAAAAAUCGAGGAGAUGAAUCGGAUCCGGGAACCCACUUUGCGAAACAGACGUCGACGCUUAGCAUCUGGAGCAGAAAUAUCAGCAGACAAGAAUACUACAGCGUCGGCAGACCUAACGGUCUCUAAUGAUGGACAUACUAUGAGCGCCAUUAAAUGCUUAUUAUCUCUUUCGUUCCCUGUAUCCCUUCCAACGCAGUGCAUACAAUUUUAUUUUAGAUCUUUAUUUAAAGCUAUUUACUGAAAUUAGUUAAACAAUUUUAUGUCUAAAUGAUCAAACUGGUUUGAUCUACCAUAUAUAUUAUUGUUUUUUUUUUAUUAUUAUUUUUGCUUAUACCUAAUCAUUAUAUAUAACAUCUUAUUAUAUGAAUAUUUUAGAAAAGAAAAAUACAAACAUAUUCACUUUAAAAUAUAGAUACAUAGCGAAUACAUUAUAUACCUACAUAGCAUAUUAUAAUUAUAAU